AUGGCAACUCAAAAUUCUGAUGAUAGCUCGGCUAGCUCUUUAGUGAAGAAUCCGAUGAUUAAGUUCACAAAGCUAUUCAUCAAUGGAGAAUUUGUUGAUUCCAUUUCAGGAAAAACGUUUGAGACAGUAGAUCCAAGAACAAGAGAGGUGAUAGCGAAUAUCGCAGAAGGAGAUAAGGAAGAUGUUGAUUUAGCAGUAAAGGCUGCACGUCAGGCUUUCGACCAUGGUCCAUGGCCGCGCUUGCCUGGCUAUGAGAGAGGGAGGAUAAUGAUGAAAUUUGCGGACUUGAUUGAAGAAAAUGUAGAGGAAUUAGCGGCUUUGGAAAUAAUUGAUGGUGGUAAAUUGUUCAAUAUGAACAAGGCCGUGGACAUUCCUCAGGCAGCAAGUUCUCUUCGUUACUAUGCCGGUGCAGCAGAUAAAAUACAUGGAGAGGUACUAAAAAUGUCACGUGAACUUCAUGGAUAUACUUUGCAAGAACCUAUCGGUGUCGUAGGAUAUAUUAUCCCUUGGAACGUCCCUUCCAUCAUGUUCUUCUUGAAGGUUAGCCUUGCUUUAGCAGCUGGGUGCACCAUGGUCGUCAAGCUUGCUGAGCAAACUCCUCUAACAGCUCUCUUUUAUGCUCAUCUUGCAAAGCUAGCUGGUAUUCCAAAUGGAGUGCUCAAUGUUGUGAGUGGAUUAGGAUCAACCGCUGGGGCUGCCAUUAGCUCUCACAUGGAUAUUGAUGCAGUCAGUUUCACUGGUUCCACAGAAGUAGGACGUAAAGUUUUACAAGCUGCAGCUACAAGUAAUUUGAAAGUUGUUUCACUUGAAUUAAGAGGCAAGUCGCCCCUUAUAAUUUUCGAUGAUGCGGAUGUUGAUAUAGCUGCUGAUCUAGCUCUCUUUGGUAUUCUAUAUAACAAGGGAGAAAUAUGCGUUGCAAGUUCUCGAGUUUACAUUCAAGAAGGAAUAUAUGAGGAACUCGUGAAGAAAUUAGUGGAGAAGGCAAAAGCUUGGGUAGUUGGGGAUCCUUUUGAUCCUAAAGUUCAACAAGGACCUCAGGUAGAUAAGAAGCAAUAUGAAAAAGUUCUUUCCUACAUAGAGCAUGGCAAGAGAGAAGGAGCAACACUGCUAACCGGGGGCAAGCCCUUGGGUGAAAAGGGUUAUUUCAUAGAACCUACAAUUUUCUCAGAAGUCAAGGAAGAAAUGUUGAUAGCAAAGGAUGAAAUAUUUGGACCUGUUAUGGCGGUUGCCAAGUUCAAAACAAUCGAGGAGGCAAUUAAGAGGGCCAACAACACAAGAUAUGGGCUAGCAGCUGGCAUUGUGACAAAGGACUUGAACGUGGCUAACACUGUCUCAAGAUCAAUCCGUGCAGGCACCAUUUGGAUAAAUUGCUAUUUUGCUUUCGAGAAUGACAUCCCUUUUGGAGGGUAUAAGAUGAGUGGGUUUGGAAAAGACUAUGGAUUGGAAGCCCUUCACAAGUAUCUUCAAGUUAAAUCUGUUGUAACUCCCCUUUAUAAUACUCCCUGGCUUUGAGUUAAUAUUCCUUAAUAAAGGCCUCCCAACAAUCU